UGGCCAUCGAUCACUUUCUCUUAAAAAAAACGCAUAGUCCAAACCUAAAUAUUAUUGAUUUGUUUCUCUCUCUUUCCAUCUUUUUUAUGUACUUUUCAAGUACUCUUGUUUGUACCAUAAGGCUCUUUUAUUGUAAUCUCUCUAUAAAACACUCUCGUUUUGCCUCUCAACUUUCUUCUUCUUCUUCUUCCUUUUUUCUUUUCUAAGGUUAUGAAGAAACUGAUGCGAAGACUAUCACGAGUUAAGGUGACUCACUCGACCCAAUACUCAGUGCUCCGAUCUGAGCCUCCUGAUCCUGUGGAACCCACCAAGCAAAGAUCGGACGUACCGCAAGGGCAUUUCCCGGUAUACGUGGGGAUUGAUCAGGGGCGGAGGUUCAUUAUCAGUGCCGAGAUGCUGCGGCACCCGAUCUUCGUGGAGUUGCUGAACAGAUCAGCCCAAGAGUACGGGUACGAGCAAAGGGGAGUGUUGAGGAUCCCCAUUAACGAUGUUGUCUUUGAACGUGUUCUUGAAUCUCUCAGGCAAGGCCAAGAACCUUCCAGUCUUGAUGAACUGGUUUAGUUAAACAAGAAAAAUAUGUAGGGGAAAUAAAUGAAAAACCAAAAAGAAAGAAUGUUUUUUUCCCUUUCUUCUUACGAUAUUUCUUGUUAGGUGAGAUAUCUCCUCGUCGUUUGUAUAUAAUGUGAUGAUGGAAAAAGCAGGCUUUGGUGCUGUAAAAUAGCAGUUACUUGUUUCAAAAGCAGCAAAACGAAAGUAGGACCUUGGCUUUUUGUUUUUUUUCAGUGCUCAAUUAAACUGCUUUUUUUUUUUUGUGAAAUUGGAUUAUUAUAAAUAAAAAGAAGCUAUUAAUUAUUCCAUGCUAAUUUUAAUGUAUUUGCUUAGACAAUUUGGAUGAAUUUGUUCUUAAAUAUUGGGACCAAACAUACUGUUAACACAGAAAAGUAUCUUUUCUUUUUCUUUUUUUGUUUUAAUUUGAGAGGAUUGUGCUGGUAUCCAUGCGAGAAAAUA